AUGCCUUCGCUCGAACAAUCAAGUGUGUCGGACUUGAUCAAGAUGCGGUCUUCCAAGCUCGAGCAAAGGGACACUCGGCAACGCGCACGUGAGCUCAAGCAUCUUGAUGAGCUGAUCAAGGCAGUCGGGUUUCAUGCUGAGCGGCGUGACUGCAAUGCCCGCGUCGCGAUCAACCGUCUUCCUGCUGAAGUGCUCCGGGAGAUAUUCACGACCAGCUGCACCGUCAAGCUAGCUCAAUACAGAUCUCUACACUAUUACUGCAACGAUAUAACGACCAUCUGGAACCCAACUUGGAUCGAAAAGGGCAGAGCAGUCACUCUCAUGCUCGUCUGCUAUCAUUGGAAAGAGAUCGCCUUGGAAAUCCAGGAGCUUUGGAAAGGCGUUGAAUCAUAUUGGGGACAUCAAGACCAUACCUUGCUGGAGAGGUCCGGUCGAGGCCCGCUCAAGGUGCUGAUCCGCGGCGAUCUGGAACCCUCUUGUGCUGUUGCGCAUGUUCUCCAUAAUGUAGAGCAUUCAUCCCGAAUCCAAGAAUUGUACUGGAUAUUGGGCUCAGCACAUAAGGAUCUUCGAAUGCCAGCACCCUCACUGAGGUCUCUUGCGUUGCGAAGUUACCCGAGUCAAAUACCAGAUGAAUCACUCAAACUCUUCGGCAAUCACACCCCGUGUCUGGAACGCCUGUCACUGUCAUGUGCGGGUUGGUUGCCCAGCAAUGCGUUCGCCAAUCUGACAUCCUUGGCUAUCGAGUAUUGCUACGUAACCAAAUCCUGCGCCAAAAUACGCAGCUUGCUCGCUGGAACACUGAACCUAGUCGAUCUCAUCCUACGAGAUGUGGCUGGCAAUAACUUCCCACACGUUCGAGUGGAAAUUGGGGCUGCGAGCAUGAAGUCUGUGUCGCUCGCUCAGUUGCGCCGAUUACUGAUCGAGGAUAUGCGGACCGAUGAUAUCGACUAUGUGUUCCGGGAUGCUCGGCUAAACGAAGACCUGUCGGUCUCGAUCAAACAUAGGCCAGGCAGUGAUGAGCAGCGACUUUUAGAAGUGGUAUCCACUUGGUCGUUGAAUGCCCUGAAGCAACCCAAAGAACUGCAUUUCCAGCAGCAUGUCGCCGUCAUUGCUGGAGCCUCUUCUGGUUUCCGUUUUGAGGUCAGGAGAAGCAUGACCCUCGAGGACUGGACCACACUCGACUGGCCACGGAUUCUUCCCCUUUCCAGCAUCUCUCACCUAUGCGUGUUUCAGGAUGCACGCAGGCUACCCGGUCUUGAACGUGUCUACAAUCUUUUUGGGAAGAUGACCGUGCUUCAGACACUGUCUGUCAACAUUGAUGGCCUGACGGAGAUCGUCGAUGCACUCACAUCCUUCCGAGACCCAAUCGACCCACCUCUCUGUCCCACACUGACCACGCUACGUAUUGUCAUCUGGAAAGAUAGUGAUUGUGACAUCAUCCUGGACUCGGUCCUCCCGCACCGUGCGCAGCUUGGCGUCAAGCACCUUUAUAUUGGGCUGAUCGAUCCUCAGCUUAGUGAAGACUGGAGACCUCGUCAAGUUGUGGAGGACCAAUUUCAUGGCAAAUUCGAGUCGGUGAAUUUCGAAAUGCUGUUGUCUGGUAAUGAAUACGGCAUUACUUUGCCGCCAGUUUGCGAUGAGGAGGCGCAUGCUUUGUGGACGCCCUGGCUUUAG